GUGACGAACGGGUGCUUGAAAAUGUAAUAAGGAAGUGGACAUUUUUUGGGAAAAACGAAAAACAUAUCUUCAGACGGGACAGAUUUGGAACUUUUAAAAUUAAUUAGCUAGUGAUCGUUUAAUGUUCCGGGGGGUAUAGUCACCGUGGACAUACCCACGAGCCCGUAAUUAGUCUUCACCAAACCGUGGUUACUAAGGCUAGCUUGCUAGUUAGCUAUGAAUACAGACGUGGAAUUUCACAUCAGACAGAAUUACCCGUGGAACAAGCUACCAGCAAAUGUCAAACAGAGUCUUGGAAACUCUCAGCGCGAAUAUGAGAAGCAUGUGUUACUGUACAGUAUCAGGAAUCAGUUGCGAUUCCGGAAUAACCUAGUGAGGCACGUGAAGAAGGACGAGCGCAAGUACUACGAGGAGCUGUUGAAGUACAGCCGGGACCACCUCAUGCUGUACCCCUACCACCUCUCCGACAUCAUGGUGAAGGGUCUGCGGGUCACCCCCUUCUCCUACUACAUAGGGAUCAUGGAGGACAUCAUGAACAGCGAGAAGAGCUAUGACUCCUUGCCGAACUUCACCGCUGCAGACUGUCUCAGGCUUCUGGGCAUUGGGAGGAACCAGUACAUUGACCUGAUGAACCAGUGCAGGUCAUCCAAAAAAUUCUUCCGCAGGAAAACGGCACGGGACCUGCUCCCGGCAAAGCCAGUGGAGAUUUCGGUGGAGCCUUGGUGGGUGGCACAGACUGGCUACAUCACCGAGGACGACAUCAGGAUCUGCUCCUCUGCGGAGAAGAAGGCGAUUGAUAAGAUGAUCGAUGCAGGUCCGCAGCUGGCCGGAUCGAUGGAAUACAACGUGGUGCUGAGUCUGUACAACAGAGGUUUCAUAUACCUAGAUGUACCCAUAUCAGAUGACAGCUGCAUUUCAGUUCCACCGCUGGAAGGGUUUGUGAUGAACAGGGUCCAAGGAGAUUAUUUUGAAACGCUUCUUUAUAAAAUAUUUGUGUCCAUUGAUGAGCAGACUAAUGUGUCUGAGCUAGCUAAUGUACUUGAGAUCGACUUGGGUUUGGUGAAGAAUGCUGUGUCCAUGUACUGUCGUUUGGGGUUUGCGCUGAAGAAGGGCCAGGUGAUCAGCCCAGAGCAGCUCCACCCCACCUGGAGGAGUGCCCCCUGUGUCAACAGGCUCAAAAGUACAAUGGACCCACAGAAGAUGCUGCUGUCCUGGGAGGGUGGUAGCCCAGUGAUGGAGGCAGGGUCUUCAGCCACUGAUACUGACACCACCAGCCUGGAGGACCAAGAUACGGCCAGUGUGAGCAGCCUGAGCAUCCCUGCCGGACCAAUCAAGAGGAUAGCCUUCCUGUUCGACUCCACCCUCACCGCCUUCCUCAUGAUGGGAAACCUCUCACCAAACUUGAAGAGUCAUGCAGUCACUAUGUUUGAAGUGGGGAAACUUUCUGAUGAAACUCUGGACAGUUUUUUGAUGGAACUUGAGAAGGUGGAGAGUACGGCAGAAGGAGAGGCUCAGAGGUAUUUCGACCACGCACUGACCCUCAGGAACACAAUACUGUUUCUGCGUUAUAAUAAGGAGCUCACCUCUGAUGCUGAGCCACCAAAUAUAGGCCUCCCUCUGGACCUGCUGCGCUGUGAAAGCCUCCUCGGCCUGGACCCCGCCACCUGCAGCCGCGUCCUCAACAAGAACUACAGACUGCUGGUCUCCAUGGCGCCACUCAGCAACGAGAUCCGGCCAAUCAGCAGCUGCACGCCUCAGCACAUUGGCCCGGCCAUCCCGGAGGUCAGCUCCAUCUGGUUCAAGCUCUACCUGUACCACGUGACCGGGCAAGGGCCACCGUCGCUCCUGCUGUCCAAAGGCUCCCGUCUUCGGAAGCUUCCAGACAUCUUCCAGGUUUAUGAUCGGCUGCUGAUAACCUCCUGGGGUCACGACCCCGGCGUCGUUCCAGCGUCCAAUGUGCUGACCAUGCUCAACGACGCCCUGACUCACUCCGCUGUGCUGAUACAGGGCCAUGGGCUCCAUGGUCAUGGGGAGACCGUUCACAUCCCGUUUCCGUUCGACGAGGAGGACCUCAAAGGAGAGUUCUCCUACAGCAACAUGUGCGUACACAAGGCCCUGAGGACCCUGCAGGAGCAGGUGGACCUGGAGCACCUGUGCGGCUACAUCACCAUGCUGAACCCCACCAACCGGCACCGCCGCAGGCUGAGCGAGUGCUCCGACAGCCGAGGGGACAUGGAGCUUGGCGGAGGGUUUGACGCCAAUGGCAGCACGGAGUCCUUCGAGCUCGUCACCGAGGAAAACAACGGCGAAGGAAACCGAAAGCAAGGAGCAGAAGUGACCUCAGCAGAAGAAGAGUGGGUGCCCCUGGAGCUGUGUUUUGGAAUGCCCCUCUUCAGCUCUGACUUGAACCGCAAAGUCUGUCAGAAGAUCGCCACGCAUCAACUGUGCAGCAAAGACAGCCUUCAGAAACUAUUACAUUCCAGCCGAAAACUAUCCUUGAAGGUGCUAAGCUUUGUGCAGUCAUUCCAGGAGGGCGGCCAGCCCGCAGACCUGGACAGCGGCGUCUCGUCCCCCCUGAGCCAGCCGUCGGCCGAGUCGGGCGUGCCCCUGCCCGCUCGCAACCUGCUGUUCAAGGACGGCCAUCUUAGCGAGUGGAGCGGCCGGACCCCGCCCUCCCUCCACAUCUCCACCAUGCAGGUGCAGAAAGACCAGCCCACCUAAUGCCCGCCCCCAGUACCCACUCUGCGACAUACCCCAGUGAGAGAAACUCCACCCCCCCUCCCCCGCCCCGCCCCCCUCCUCCUGUCUGAUUGGCUGCUUUCGUAAAUAGGCCGUGUUACUUUGUGGUUGGCAGACGUGGGUCUGUUACAGUGGUGCUGCUGAUGACAAUGCAGGCAUUCAGUGGCGGGGAAAAAAACUGUAAGUAAUGCCAGCGCUGUUUAUUGAGAUGAGCACAAUCAGGUUUUUAAAUCUUUCAAUCGGAAAAUCAUUUCUCUUGAAUAACAUUCUGCGUAAAAUGUAUAAAGAUUAAGAAACCGCCAAAUGCUGACCAACGUGUAUACAUGGACUACGCCUGGGAAACUUUUGACUUUAAGGACCAAGCCUGCAGCUUAAUCAAGCCUCUCAGAUUUCUCAGUCGAACCCUGAUCUCCUUGUAUUGUCUCAUGUACAGUAAGUAGCCCAAUGCAUGAUCCUAUUGUACAGACGUUCAAAAGGACCCGUGGAUCCACUCUGCCAGUAAAACCAUGUAGAUGGGAUUUUAAUUUGCACAUCGCAAUACUCCAAACUAGUAGCUUGUAAUUUAUUGACAUGCAAAGAAAAAUCUUUGGUGCACAUUUUUUUAUUUCACUGUGGUUUUGUGUCCAUCAUAUUUUCUGACAGAACAGUUUGUUCCCCCGAACAGUAGGUGGCGCUCCUUGCUGUGAGCUGGUCUGUUUGAUCAGACACGGAGCAGUGUAGCCAAAUCCACUGUAUCUCUCAAAACAUCAUUACUUCUGUAAUGUGUGGGAACACCAAAGACUGGUUUCUUUCAGUUUAUUCUUUGUUUUUAAUGCUUAAUUAUGUUUUUUUUGCCUUUUGUUUUGUUGCCUUAUACCUUUUUUUGCAGACGCCUAGUAGACUGCCAACUCCACUCUGCGUGUGCUCCAGCUGUGAGUCAGCUUACCUAGGAAACAGGAUUAUAUACUGUUCUCACAAUGAAAACUGCUGCCAUCAAGAAUGUACCAAAGUCUUGGCGCAAGCUCUGAAAACAUUAAUAAGCUGUACGAGAUAAGCAGGGGCAUACGCAAACACCAACACACACACUACUCCUGCACACACUCCUGGAGUUGUACUUUUUCUUCAUAUCUUUUGUUUGCCUUUGAAGGAGCUGGCAGUGUUUCUCGAUUCUGAACCCCACGUGACUGAUUAUGGUGAACAACAAAAGGUCCUGGUGCAGCAUGAUGAGUGUUAGAAACCGUUGUGUGUGUACUGUACGCCCCUCUCUCCACAUCAGAGCACCUUUACCAAUUCCUCAACCUCCAAAAGACCCCCCCUCCCCCCUCUCCAUACACCAGUCCUUUCAACCCCAGAGGACCCCCCUUCCCCAACCUCAUUAAUCCAUCUCAGUGUUAGACAACUGAUUACCAAUAGUUUUAUAACGUCAGAUAACAUUUUAGCAAUCUUUGUUGUAGCUUGUUUGAUGGGACUGUGAACAAUGCUCUUGUAAUUAAAUGGGUACAAAAAGGUGACAUUCCUCCUCACACUUUCCAAAAUUAUAUGUGUUAUUAUAAAUUAAUAUGUAAAAAGUAUAAGAAAAUAUAAAUAAAUCCAGAAAGAAAUCUCCCCCAAAA